UCUAGGCUUGAUGCUAACAGCUAGCUAACACAGUCUGUCAGGUCUCACACAUUUUCUGUGUCUGAAGGGAGGCACGCAGCGGUGGAGAAGAAGGGCGACUGUUGCGCCGCUACGAAAUGGCCGGACAGCAGUUCCAGUACGAUGACAGCGGCAACACUUUUUUCUAUUUUCUUACGUCCUUCGUCGGACUUAUUGUGAUCCCGGCUACCUAUUACCUCUGGCCGCGGGAUCAGAAUGCUGAACAGCUGCGGCUGAAGAGCCUGCGGAGGGUACACGGCAGGUGCCUGUGGUAUCGGCUCAGGCUGAUGAAGUCGCAGCAAAGCAUUGUCCCAACACUAAAGAAAGCAGCCUUGCUGUUUGGGUGGGCUGUGUUCCUGCUGCUAGCCUACAAGGUUUCCAAACUGGACCGGGAGUACCAGGAAUACAAUCCAUAUGAAGUUCUCAACCUAGACCCGGGUGCAUCAGUGUCAGAAAUUAAGAAGCAAUACCGUAUAUUAUCUCUCAAGCACCACCCGGACAAAGGUGGUGAUGAGGCCACCUUCAUGAGAAUUGCCAAAGCCUACGCUGCUUUAACCAAUGAACAGUCUCGACAAAACUGGGAAACAUAUGGCAACCCAGACGGUCCAGGAGCCACCAGCUUUGGUAUCGCCCUUCCAGCCUGGAUUGUUGACCAGAAGAACUCAAUGCUGGUGCUGUUGGUGUAUGGACUGGCCUUUAUGGUUAUCCUUCCUGUUGUUGUGGGCACAUGGUGGUACCGCUCCAUCAGAUACAGCGGAGACCAGAUCCUCAUCAGCACCACCCAGCUCUUUAUGCAUUUUAUGUACAAAACACCGAAUAUGAAUAUGAAGCGAUUAACCAUGGUAUUAACAGCAGCAUUUGAGUUUGAGCCCCGCAGCAAUAAAGAAGCCACCAUCAGACCCACAGACAACAUUGAAGUGCCGCAGUUGAUCCGUGAAUUAGGAAAUAUCAACGUAAAGAAGAAGGAGCCUCCGUUUUGUUAUCCUUACAGCUUAAAGGCCAGAGUGUUGGUGCUGUCUCACCUGGCCCGCAUGGAAGUGUCGGAGGAGUUGGAGGAAGAUCAAAGAUUUGUGGUGAGGAAGAGUCCAGCUCUCCUUCAGGAAAUGAUCAACGUGGGCUGUCAGCUGACCAUGAUGGCCAACAGCAGAGGAGGUUUCCACGCUCCUCGACUGGUAAGCAUCGAGAACUGCAUGAAGCUGACCCAGAUGAUAGUUCAGGGUCUGCAGGAGUCAAAGUCGCCGCUGCUGCAGCUACCUCAUUUUGAAGAGGAGAACCUCCGCUACUGCAUUUCUAAAAAGUAUAAGGUGCGAACCCUGCAGGACCUUGUGAGCCUGAAGGACUCUGACAGACGCAACAUGAUGCGCUUCUUGGGGGAGGAGAAGUAUGAUGAGGUCAUGGUGGUGCUGGGCAGCUUCCCUCACAUCAUCAUGGACAUCAAACUGCAGGUUCUUGAUGAUGAGGACAGCAAUAACAUCACAGCAGGCUCUAUUGUCACAGUAACAGUUACCUUAACCAGAAAGCGUAUGGUGGAUAUGUUUGAAAAAGAGCAGGAACCGUCCACGUGUCAAGGAGAGGAGGCUGCCAGUACAGAGGAAACAGGAGACUCGAGUAAAGCUAAAACCAAAGUGUGGCAGAACAAAAAUAAAGGAGCUAAGAAGACGGCCAAGUCCAAGAAAAAGAAAUUAAUCAAGAAGAAGGCCACUCCUGCUCCUGCUAAAACCAAGCAGGCCAAUGGCAACUUGACAGGAAACGAAGGCACUGCUCUACCAUCAGCUGCGGUAGUAAAGGAAGAAGAGGAUGAAGCUUCAGACAAAGGCAGCGAGUCAGAUGAGGCAGAAGCCAACAAGGACUCUCCGAGCGAGAGAGACGAAGACAGCGACAAACAAAGCGACACGGAGGUCGAUGAGGUGGCUGGAGACGACGAGGAGGAGUGGGAGGCCUUACAGCAAAGCAUCCAACGGCGAGAGAGAGCGCUGCUAGAAACAAAAUCAAAGGUGACGCAUCCCGCCUACAGCCUCUACUUCCCCGAGGAGAAGCAAGAGUGGUGGUGGCUGUACAUCGCUGAUCGCCGAGAUCAGACCCUCGUCUCCAUGCCGUACCACGUCUGCACACUAAAAGACACAGAAGAGGUGGAGCUCAAGUUUCCAGCCCCUUCUAAAACAGGGAACUACCAGUACUCCGUCAUCCUCCGUUCUGAUUCGUACAUGGGACUGGACCAGAUCAAACCUCUGAAGCUGGAGGUCCACGAAGCCAAGGCCGUGAUGGACAACCACCCGCAGUGGGACAUCCCCGACACGGAGGAGGAGGACGAUGAGCAGGAGGACAGCGACGGCAUCGAGGAGAGCGACGACGAGGACGAGGACAACGACUGAAUGUGUAGACAAGCACGCUGGGCCCCUCCCCCACCAGGACUGGCCACCCAUCCACUAGUGACGAGGAGAAGCAAAGCUGUGCCUGCCACAAACACAAGAAGUCCCUGGGACAGUUUCUACACACAGAACCCUCCACCCUCCCACAAACUGCGACCCAACCCUCCUGCCCCAGUUCCACCUUUUUACAGAGACUCGGUCAUUCGCUGUCCGCUGCUGGCGGGAGUGAAUCCUGUGAAUACUAACUGGCCUGAGUGUGAGUGUGAGUGUGUACAGUAUGUGUUUGUACAGAUACGAGAGAUGAACACACUUUGGACUGGAGGACCUAUUAGUAUAUUAUGGGCUCUUCUUUUCCUUGAAGGGAAGAGUGGAUUAUGUAACAGCUAAUUCCAUUUGCAAAACUAAUACAAACAUGACUUGGUAUGGAAAUGACAUCAUCACUCUUGCUCCUGUUUUUAAAGUCACUCAGCGUCACUGUUUUCCUCACCAAUAAUACUUUGUAAACCUAAUCUGCAGAGGUGUGAGCUUUAGCCUUUUGUCUGGGAACUUUGGAGCUAUUAAAGAAAUGUUUUCUCCUUUCACUGCAUAGGGGGCACAAUUUAUUCUUUGUUUUAACGUUAUACCUGCUGUUCACUUGUACAAACAGUAUAUUCUCUGUAUGUGCAAGGAGGUGUCUACAGAAAGAUCCUGGACUUUUUGUUUUUUUGUCCCUGAAGGAACGAUUUUCAGCCUGACCUGCUCAUAGCGUGGAAGAAUGAACGAAACCUGCAGUGUUAAGAAACGAUCGAGCUUUGUUUUCAUAGAGCACAUGAAAGUUGUGUCUUCAGUCCUUAAAGGGACAGAUACUGAUGUACAGAUGUGUGCACACAUGUGGUUCUUCUUCAUUUUCCUUUGUCAUGUCUGUUGUACAUUCCAGUGAAUAAUCCAUGUCUGAUAAAGGCCUUAUGAAUCCACCUUCAAAACACCACAAGCCCUCUGGGGACUUUUUUGUUGUCGUUGUCAUAAUU